AUGUGUCGGCUCGGGACGGCGCUUUGCAUAUUCUUCGUCAUUCUCUACACACUAAUUCUGACGCUGGCCAUCGGCGACUACGAGCUGAAGACCCGCUAUCGAGCCCAGCACAGCGGCCUUCAAAGCAACCUUUCCGAGCCGAACAUCGUCACCGGCCUCUACACCUACGGCAAGGAGUUUUGCGUGCAAAUAAAUUUGUGCAAUGCCUAUUCAGGUAACUCUACCGCCGGU